ACAUUUGGAGUGUUUUUCACUGUGGCCGUUUCUACAGUGUUGGCCAAAACAAUAACUGUGGUCAUGGCUUUCAAGCUCACUACUCCAGGAAGAAGUUUGAGAGGGAUGACGAUAACAGGGGCACCUAAGUUGGUCAUUCCUAUUUGUACCCUAAUCCAACUUGCUGUCUGUGGAAUCUGCUUGGUAACAUCUCCUCCAUUUAUUGACAGGGAUAAACAAUCUGAACAUGGGAAGACUGUCAUUCUUUGCAAGAAAGGCUCUGUCAUUGCCUUUCGCAUUGUCCUGGGAUACUUGGGUUCCUUGGCUCUUGGGGGCUUCACUGUGGCUUUCCUGGCUAGGAAAGUUCCUGACACAUUCAAUGAAACCAAGUUCCUAACUUUCAGCAUGCUCUUGUUCUGCAAUGUCUGGAUCUCCUUCCUCCCUGUCUACCACAGCACCAGGGGGAAUGUCUUGUUGGUUGUGGAGGUUUUCUCCAUCUUGACUUCUAGUGCAGGGUUGCUAAUGUGUAUCUUUGUCCCAAAGUGUCAUGUUAUUUUGAUUAGAUCAGAUUCAAAUUUUAUACAGAACCACAAAGGUAAAUUGCUUUAUUGAAAUUUUCAUGAUAUGAAAAUUUUAGAUGAUAUUAAACUUACCUUUUUCUUCAUCUUAACAAAAGUAGUACUUCAUCAUAUAAAAAAUAUUAAUAUACAGAUUUUUACUUACAAACAGGACAGCAAACAUGAAUAUGUUUAGAACUGGGAAUCUCAAUUGAGGAAUGGUGAGAAGCAUUCUGACCUGUGGUUUUGUGUUUAAGCCAUGUACUUAAUUAAUUAUUAAUAUAAGAUUACCCUACCGUCUGUGAACGUUGUCACCUCUAGGCACACUGUCCUUGAGUUAUAAAAAAGGGUACUGCAUACAACCUGAACAUGAAGCCAGUAAUCAACAUAAUUCCAUGUGCUUUCAUGGAGUUCUUGCAUCCAAUUUCAUGCCUUGACUUCAUUCAAUGUACUGUGACAAAGGAACAUAAAUAAAUAAACACUUUUCUCAC